UGUUUUCAGGUUUUUAGUUCUAACUGCGUAGAUAGCGCCGUCCAUUCGACUCUUUAAACAUGUCUAAAGUGGAAAUGUUGAGAGUGGUGGUGACCGAGCGUCUCACCGCGGCUGCCGAGGAGAUAUUUGGAGUGUUUAAAAGAACCAUCGCGGAGUACGAAGAGGAACUGUCUCGUUCGAAGCGAGAGAACGAGCGUCAACGCAAACUGCUGGACGCUGUUCUGAAGCCCGAAGUUCGGUUAUACAGAGCAGAUGUUCAGCUGGACUCCGAGCCUCCACAGAUGAAAGAAGAGCAGGAGCACCACCGCAGCAGUCAUGAGGGAGAGCAGCUUCAAGGACCUGUCCCUGUGAAGAGUGAAGGUGACGAAGGUCAGUCCUCACAGCUUCAUCAAAUGCAAGAAGAGAACAGCGAGGCAGAGCCUCCAGCCAGCACCUCAGCUCAGCUGAUGGAAAUGGAGAGCAAUGGAGAGGACCGUGGAGGAUCAGAAACAACCAGGAGCCUAGAUCCAGAUAGUCUCUCACAACCAGCUAAUGAUGAGGAGACUCCAGAUUCUUCCAAACAAGCUGACCCUGUGAAAUACACCCAGGCAGGUGUAUCUGCCAGUCAACCAGCUAGGUAUGACAAGACUUCAGACUGUAGAGGGCCUGAGAUUGAAGACAGUGAUGGUGGACAGGAGGAGACAAGGAAACCUCAGUCAGAUUUAAAAACACAGACAAACAACGGUGGCGCUCGAGGUGAUAAAGAAUGUAACACCGGCAAGAAGUCUUUUAGCUGCUCCAAGUGUGGUAAAACAUUUAAACCCAACAGAAAAAGUGCUCCGGGAAUGGAGCCGUUCAUUUGCUCAGCUUGUGUUGAAAGAUCCCUGCAAAGUGCACGUUUAAUCACAAAGAAGAUAGCUCAUUCAGGGGAAAACCUCUUCAGAUGUUCAGUUUGUAAGAGACAAUUUAGCUACAAAGGAGAUGCUGUGAGACACAUCCGGAUUCACACCGGAGAGAAACCCUUUGGCUGCUCAGUGUGCGGUAGAAGAUUCACGCAGAGCACAAGUCUGGACUCCCACAUGAGAACCCAUACAGGAGAGAAACCGUUCGGCUGCUCACUCUGUCCAAAAAGGUUCAUCCGGAGUGGAGUUCUGGACCGACACAUGAGGGUUCAUACAGGAGAGAAGCCUUACAGCUGCUCAGAGUGUAACACAAGCUUUACUCUGAGUCAGUCGCUGUUAAAACACAUGAGGAUCCAUACAGGAGAGAAACCAUUCAGCUGCUCAGUUUGCGAUAAAAAAUUCAUUCAGAAAGGACACCUGACGCAACACAUGACGCUCCACACGGGGGAGAGGUCGUUCAGUUGCCAGGUCUGUGGUAGGAAAUUCUCCAGACAGUCUCGUGUGAAAAAACAUAAGUGUGUUACUGAGAGCAGCAGCAGUAGUAAAUGAACUGUGGAACCUUGAAUGUCUUACUAUCCGCCCAAUAUGGAUAAUGUGGUUUAGGUUAUAACAUCAUGAAUGUAUUUGCAAUUGGGCUGCUUAUACAAAUUUGAUCUAACACAUAAUUUAUUAAUUAUGUGGCUGCAAACAAAAGAGCCGCCAAUUAUUCAGCAUAUUUAAGAUAUUAGGAAUCUUAAAAUUUUUACUUGAUUGCAGAUAUAAUAGAUUCAUUAAGAAAUGUGCCACUUUGCCUCUGAUGCAGCCUCCUCUGUCUGCAGUCAACCGUCUGUAGUCUUGCUUAAUGUCCGGCCCACAGCAGCGUCUCACACUGUUGGACUGGUGCUGCUCCAGUGAGUGAGCGGUAGGCCUGUAACGAUAACUCAUGUCGUUGGACCUUAUAUUGUCCCAGGAUAAUUGCAAGAACAUUAUGUGUAAUUUUUAACUGAUAAAAUCUUUUUAUGUUGGCAUUAUAAUGCAAGUACACCUUUAACGAAGCUGUGAACUUUUAAUAAGAAAGCUAUUCAGUGAAAGGAAUUGGAAUGUUAAAAAAAGAUGCUAAUAAAAAUGUGCAAUAUCUGCACAAUGCCCAUGUCCUUGUAGAGACAACCCUGGUGUUUUCUUCUGGCAUAAUGUUGGCUGAAAUGUUCCUGACCUUAUUUAAACAAUAUUGAGAUUAUGUCCAAAUAAAGUACGAUAAGAUGAUUAGGUUAAAAAUGAUUAAGGUCAUGUUCAUAUAUAGUUCGAUAAAUCCAAAUUGUAAAUAGGUCAUGUCAUGUAUAAUUAUUAAACAAAAAGUCGAUAACGUUAAAAUUAUAAAGAUCAUACCAUAGAUCAUACAAUUAGUAAAACAUUUUUUAAUAAUGGAAUGUAAAAAUUGAAGAUGCAACCACAGAUGUGACUCAUGACCAGAUUAUCAUAAUUUAUAAAAUUGCAGCGCAGUGGUGAUAAAGACAUUUUAUACACAAGACGUAUAUGACGCGGACCCAUCGAUGGGCUUUAAACCCACAUUGGACCCGUUCGUAUGAGUCAACCGUCACUCUGUUGGUCUCUGUCAGUAGAAACGUCAGUCUGAGGUGUAGCUCAUACGCAUCACUGUUAAACCUGAGACUUGUACAGCAAAACUGGGCUUCAUGAAAACUUCUAAAAGUGCAGUAUGGGAGUGUUUCACUCAACCAACAACAGGGAAUGGAAAAUGCACUGCAUACAAAGAAUGUAUCAUUAUGGGAAGAGCAGUGACUCUUUAAUUAAGAUAAUGUGGAAAAGUUAUCUUU